UUUUUGCUCAGUUGCCAUAGGCAGCGUCUGCUCAUUUCAGUUGUAGCAAUCAUGUUUUUCUCUGUGCAGCAUCUUGUUGGGCCGGAUGCUAAGUUUGCAUUGGUCUGGAGAGCCGCAACUUGCGGUUCAACGACGAAGCUACCAAGAAAGGCCAUCCUCGAGGUGUCAGUGUCAAACACGUGUCGUGAGAUACUGAACUUCACUCCUGAAGCUCAUGAUAGAGUUUCUGCGAAGAAGUUUUCGCUUUACCUCUUGGGGCAACUUCUGUAUGGCACAGUGCUCAUCUAUGACCGUCAGCUUACUCUAUUUCUCAGUGAUGCUCGUUCGGCUUGGGAAAGUUGCCGACGCUUGCGACAAUUUCUGCCUAAACCCUCCAAGGGUGCACCUACUUCGGCUAAAAAGGGAGUGCGUCGUGCUAGAGGUGAAUCACGAGUUUCCGGCAUUGAUAUCGUUGAACAACCGGAAGGCCGAUUCGUUGGGCUGGCUAGACGCGACGAAAUCACGAUGGUAGAGAGUCAGCCAAUCAUAUGGAAGCGAGAAGAUCCUUUCCAAGAAGAGACUGUUCAAGCGCCAGUUCACGUCAGCAGGGAGCGCUUCAUUGAGUGGGAUGACCAGCGUACUUCUAGCUCGAAAGAGUCCAUGAAAACUCUUGCAGAAGUGAAGAAGGAGCCAGCGACGCUGGAAGCUGCUUCAGUCUCGCAUGAAGUACCGCCUUUUCCACCACCGGAAACUUUCCAAAACGUGGAAAGGGAAAGCAUUUUAACUGGUACUCAGCCGGUACUUGACGCAGAACAUGGCUUAAGACGCGGAAUUGUCAAAAUCGAGCCGUCAGUCGUCGUUGAUGCACAGCCACCCAGUGAGUAUCAACCUGCUCCAAAGAAACCGAGACUGGACAGCGGUAAACCUAUGACUACAUCUGAAGAAAAUGAUAGAGAAGUUCCACCACUAGAAUUGCCUCCCCUGAACGACAACCUCGAGGUUGUGCAGCCAUCGCGAAGAAGAAAGCCUUUGCAAUCGAUAGAUACCAACAGCUUGACUAUCUCUCAUGUUUCGAUGAAAGAAAUGCAAGAGGAUUACUCAUCAUUGCUGAAAACACCAGAGGAACUGAGAAUCAAUGUUGAUAAACACCCAACUUUGCACGAACUUCUGUUGCCUUAUCCAGCAUAUGCGGGAAAAAGAUUUCCCAAGGCAUGCAUCGGACUUUAUCGGAGUAGAUAUCACGAUACGAUCACUUCUAAAGAAGCCGCGACUGAAAAUCUGUUUGAGCCGGCUCGUGGUGCAACUACGGACUCCUCCAAAGAGGGCUCUGAUCAGCGCCAUACCCCUGGAAUAGCUUAUGCGCUUUACCCCACCCCUCCAAGGGUAUGUGGUGCUGCAGCUCUUGGCAAUCCUUCUGGUGACCGCGCACACAAUCGUGACCAGUCUUCCGUUUACUCAACUCCGGGUAUGUUCAAGUUGCUGAAGACUCCUGAAAGACUUGGAGGACCAUGGGUAGAUGUCGAUCAGAGAGAUGUAGCCCGCCAAAAGGAAUCCGAAGCGGGUCAGGGAGACGUACGAAGAGACUCCAGUGCUCUACCUGGCGAUCUCCCAUUGUUGCCAAAUAUCGGAGAGCUUGCAGCAGAUAUGACACUGUCUCAGAAUCGUCUCAGAGAGUCUCGCCCCUCGCAUCUUGAACUACCACGUCGUUUGACUGGAUUAACCGAUGAAAUGGGCCGUCGUUCUUCUGUACUACUACGCGACUCUCUUCAAAAAGAGGAUACGUCUCAGCAAACUAGCCAGCUAAGCAAUAUCUCUGAAAAGACACUUUCGUUUCCUAUUUGCGAGGUAGUGGAUGCAAGGGAACUGAUUUUGCUCAGAGCUAUUGUGGCUACCGAUGAACCAGUUCCACUAUCAGAUAUUGUUCCGCCAGCUACCACUCCAAGAAAAACCGCUGCUGCUGUAUUUUCAACAUUGCUAAAUCUGGCGAAGAUAACAGUCGUAGAAGUAUCACAGGACGAAGCUUUUGGUGAAAUUUGGGUGCAAACUCGUACUCGUCCGGAGACCAGCCAACACAUUCGUGACGCCUUGGCGUCGAUAACCUUUCUUGAAUGACCGUCGCAUUUUCUAAGCGGUCUCUUUGAAUUUAACCUCAGAGUUUUUUUGUUCGCAUCUGGAUCACUAGCAAUGGUGUACCUUUCAUUUCUAUUAUUGUUUAUUUCAGUUCAAGAAACCUCAGAGUAUUUUUACCUCGCAUCUGAAUCACAAACAUUGGUGUACCUUUCAUUUCUAUCAUUGUUUAUUCCAAUUUAAAACCAAAUCUCAGAAUAUUUUCACCACGCAUCUGGAUCGCUAUCGAGUUUCUCUUCCAAUUUCUAUCAUCUAUCUGGAUUUAGGAUCAAUCUCAGAGUAUAUCUACCUGACGUUUACCCUUCACGCAUCGCCUUGCUCAUUCUUUCCGCCCAAGAGCAUUCUGUAAAUGCAUAAUUUGAGAAUUCGUAUGCUUGCUUGCCGAGUGCACCUUUCAGCUUUUCUUCAUUCUCUUUUUUUGCAGACGGCUCUCUGGUAUUUUUUGUGGAUGAUCAGUUUCGAGCUUUUGGUUCUUAGUCUGAUAUUUUUUCAAAUGCUUUGUUCACAUCGGCUUCCGAUAUUAUCGUACAUCGUUUGUUGUCACUUCUCCGCUUUCGGUUCUUCGUUUGUUGGUCACAGCUCCGGUUUCGGUUCUUCUGUACAUAAAUAGUUAUUUUGGC